UCAACAAACCAACCGUGUACAGGAUGGCUACAAGUGCUACUGCAGUGGUUUAUCACAAGUAUUCUCCCGUGUUCUUGCUACUGAUAGUAUGCGGUUCUAUGCUCAUAGGCGAUGGCGAAGGAGCGAAGAUUACGAGUCGAACAAAGGAGCCUCCCGGGCCAAGCACGGUCACUACCUUGAAACCGAAGGUAGGACCAGCCACAUUCCCACCGGUGGUACCCAAUGACACCGAACCAGAAACCACGACGGAUCCACCCUUGUCUGCGUACGAGCUACGCCGGCAGGAGUUGCUGGAAGAUCAGGAUAGUUUCAGCGAAAAUGACCUUCAACCACUGCGCGAAACACACAUUAACGCGCUGCACGAGGCGAUCGAUGCUAAGCUGGUCGAUCAAAGCUUCAUCCGAACGCUGGGCUCCGUAUCGGAACCACCGAAAGUGAACGACGCCAAACGGGACACACUGACGAUUCGUUCGAUCGUGGAGGAUCUAAACUUUACGCUCGGUGACCGUGUCCUACGGUGGAAAACGAUCAGCCAAAAGAACCUGGAACGUCACAUGGUGGUCGGUUUGCGGGCGGCAAGCGUCGUUGUGUUGCGCGAAACCGAAGAAGGAGCAUUUCUGCUUAACCAGGAGCUACUGCUCGAGUCACCACCGAUCGCGUUCGAGGUGUUUACGCUCUGGGACACGGACAGGACGACGGUCGUCGGUUGCAUCGUUAUAUCGAUGGGUAACUUUCUCGUCUGGUACACGCUACGGCAGGAGACCGACUAUCAGCUGCAAGAGGAAUGGCGCUGGCCACUACACAAGACGAUCACACAGAUUCGCUUUUUCCGGCACAAGGAGGUCGACGCACUGCUGCUGAUCGGGAAGCAUCCGAACCACCAGCAAUCGAUUUCGGCCACCGUGUACGAGUUUUCCUUCAAUGCGCGCCAGUUCUGGUUGAUGCAAAAGAUCGGAUUGCCCCAUCCGUGCCCAUCGGUUGGGUUGGUCAAAUCAGGCGAUGAGUUUUUAGUGGCACUACCACAGGACUGGACCGUACAGAUCUACAGUUUCCGCAUCGGGGACCAGAGUCGGCGCAAGUUUAAGCUGAUCGGGAACUACACUUCGCCGGACUUGCGUUCGGUCGAUGCGUUCCAGAUUGGUCGCUACGCUUACAUUGCCAUCGGUGGCCGUUCACCGGCCGUAUUGCGAUACCGACGCGGUAAGUUCUACGCCCAGAAAAUCCCAACAGAAUCGCUCGAGAUUGUGGAGGCAUUCUUCGAGAUACCGGCCCGUACGUACCGCGACGAUAUGAUCCUGCUGGUGCAGCAUCGAAUGAUUUUUGAUACGCACGAUGUGCAACGGUUGGAGGCGCUUGUGUGGAACGGUGUCUCGUUCGAUUUGGCCACCAAUAUUCCGUGCAUGGUGGAGAAUGAUGUGAUCGAUAAGGAGGCGAGCUGUAUGCUCGAUCUGGAGCGUACCGAUGGACUGUUCGGAGCGGCGAUCGUCCAGCGUGGGAAGCAGAUUUCGAUCAUUGUGCCACGCCAUGAGGCACACUCGAGUUUGUAUCAUCUGUCGAUUGAACUGCUAUCGGGGGAGCAUCCUAUUUUGAUGAAAAUCCAAGAGAUCAAGGAAACGAUGGAUGCGUUUACGCGCAUCAUCGACCAUCAGAAUGAGUUGAUCGAACAGGCACAAUCGUUCGUGUCGAUGAUGGAAAGUGAUCCGGUGGUAUUGAAGCGCCAGGAGCUGAAAUCGAUCGAGACACCGCACGUAAAGUUUGCGGAAGGAUACAAUUUCUCCGACAGCGUGAUCCAGAUCGGUCAAUACACUUGGCGUGAGGCGGACUUUCGAGUUGAUCUGGGCGAGACGGUUAAAAUGGUGCAGGACAUUGAGGCGAGCGUUGAUGCGAUGCUGGACGAGUUGAAACACAGCGUCAAGCGUGAUGCUCAGGGACACGAUCUGAGCUAUAAUGGUACGUUGCAGGUGCAUGGUAAGGUGUACAUCGAUGGGACGCUCCAGGCGGACGAUCUGUACAUUCAGCGGAUAGAGCCACCACCACAGGCGGACCAUCAGCUACGGUUUGUGAGACAAACGGAAGGUGAAUCGCCGCCGCUGAAGGAACUGCACCUGAAGGAUCUUAUCGUGGAGCAGCUUUACUUUGAGUCCUUUAAUGGUGUGCCUGCUGAUGAUAUAGCGUACAAUGUUGAUGGUAAGGUCGAGCUGAAUGGCAAUCUGGUGAUAACCGGUGAUUUGUACACGAAUGAGGUUAUUCUACCGGACGGUGGCACCGUGAACGGGAUCGAUCUAAGUGAGCAGCUCGUGUACUUUAAUUGUAAAAAUCGAAGUUGGCGAAACCUGACCCUUGACUCGCUGGAGGUGGUAGAAGAUUUGCGCGUCACGGAGAGCAUUAACGAGGCGAAGGUUGACCUGAAGCAGGCCGAGGCGUCACUCAGGAGCGCGAUGGAUGAGGAGGUGCGGGUGUUGCGCACGAAGAAGCUGAAUGUUGAGGGUGAUCUAUCGUUUGACCUCAUCAAUGGUAUACCGUGGCAGGAGUUCCUCGAUGGACUGAUCUUUAAGAACGCUCCGAUGCGGAUACGAAAGCUGCACGUUAAAGGGAAUGUGACAUUUGGAAAGCAGGUCUCGGCGCAGUUUCUUAAUGGGAUACGCUUCCCGGAAGACUACGUACUCACUGAAGGACCUCGUGAGACGAUCAUUACCGGACAAAAGCACUUUCAGGCACCUCUCUCAAUGGACGCACUGGACAUCGAUGGAUUCAUCAAUGGAAUCAAUCCGUUCGAUUUCAUCACGCUGCACGACGAUCAGUACAUCCCGGGGAAUGUAACGUUCCAAUCGCUAGAGAUCGAAGAAUCCCUCGAUCUGCGUGGUACCGUGCAAGGCAAGCACAUGGACCAGUUCCUCGACAAUCCUACACUGCUGCAGACUAAAACACUGGACGCGAGCUGUGAAUUUAGCGAGAUCGUUGUCAAUGGACCGAUCUAUAUCCAUAAUCUUGAUGGGUAUGAUUUGGAUAGUGCCCUGGAGGAUGUGGUGUACAAUGAUGAGCCGUACGUGGAGAUAAACGCCUCGAAGCACUAUCGCAAUCUGCGCUUCCUGGAGCCGAUACAGGUUGAGUCGAACAUGCUAGGUGAAAUCCAUCUCGAUGAGCUGCUUACGAAGAGUACCGAUCAAACGCUGAACGUUAGCAUGAUCGUGGGCAAUGUGUUCUUUAAUCGGGUACAGACGGACGGACUGUUUGCUGGCAUCAAUGUGACCGACUGGGACAUGAGUUCGAUCAAAACGUUCGGCGAACAGUACACGGAGGCAACGCUAAACUUUUGCCCAGGCUAUUCGGAGCUUUACGUGAACGAGUUGGAAAUCCUGGAAACGUUGAACGGUGUCCGGUAUGAUGGGUAUUAUAGUGUAGAUGAGGAAAUCGAGAUCAAGGAUCAAACGGUAUAUCUCAAUGCGCUGUACAGUGACACCCUCAAGCUAACGAACAGCUCGAUCGAUGGUCCGUCGAAGCUACUGAACGGAGUACAUCUACCAACGUUCGAUGCCCACCGUUUCAGCUUAAGCCGUCCGCAGCGCUUCGAUCAUGACGUGUUCAUUGAUACACUGUACAUCGAUCAGUCGUUGGCGACGCAAUUUUACAAUGGUUAUGAUGUCAGAGAGUUCCAGCAGAACGUCGAGACGUACCUGAACGAUGAUUACAUGCUCGGUGGACAGCAUCCUAUCAACACGCUCCACAUCGCGGGCAAUGUGGAAGUUGGGAUGCUGAAUGGGAUCGAUUUUACCCGCUUCUUGGAUGAUGUUAUUUGGCUCGAUCGACCGAAUGCUAUUCCCGGGUUGCUGAAGCUCACCCACCCGCUGCAAGUGUCGGGCGACUUGAAUGUCGAAGGCACACUGAACGACAUACCGUUGAACGAUUUCCUGAGCCGUGUCGUCUACAGGACUGAGGAAGGUGUAGUGGAGUUCACCGGUUCGAAGCUAUUCACACGCGGAUUCGACGUGCGUGGCGAUCUAAACACGAGCAACAUUAACAACAUACCGGUGGAGGAUUUCAUUCUGAAAAAUGAAACGAUCAUGCUGCCCGGGAACCUCAUCACAUUGGGGCGCGUAUACGCCAAGGAGGUGAUCGUAACUGGUACCAUCAACGGGAAGUCCUUUAAGGCCGUAGAGGACUACUACUCGUACGAUAACGCUACGGAUACCCACGUGAUUAAGGGAGAUCUACAGCUGGCAGGGCAUCAAAUCAUACGCCAUCUAGAAGCGUUCGGUGGUUGGAAUGAGGUGGUGAAUGUCACUCACCGAUUGGCCUCUCUGAUCCGCACCAACCAGGAUUACUACUUCAAGGGUCAUUAUGUGUUCAAGAAUGAGGUUCAUUUCAAGUACGGCUACACGGUGGACGUGUUUAAUGGGCAUAAUGUGUCGAACAUACAGAACGAGAUCAUGUACUACGAUCAGACGGAACCGAUCGUGUUCACACAGCCGGUCCACUUUCUGGGCAAGGUAACCGGGGAUAAGAUCCGCGUGGAAGGCGAUCUUAUAGGACGGAACAUCGAGGGUAUCGAUCCGGAUGAGUACGCACGGAGAACGCUGCUGGUGAAUAGGGAUUAUGAGAUCUUUGAAAAGCUAGUGUUCAAGCCUGGCACCUUCAUUUGUGAUGCACUGAACGCUUCGUUCAUCAACGGUGUGGACACCAGUGAGCUCAUCACGCUGCACACGGAACAAACGAUCGAGCGGCCGGUGUACUUGAAGGAGAUCAUUCUCCACAGUCCACUGCAGGUGAAGGGACUUGUAAAUGGACGAGAUCUGCGUGUGGAACGUCAGAACACUGUGAUGCGAUAUGGCGAACAGUUAAUCGUGACGCCCUCCGUUUUCAACUCGAUCCGUGUACUGGAAAAUCUCACGCUACCACCGGUGCUGAAUGGUGUGCCGGUACACGAACCGGUACAACUGACCGACAACAUGACCAUCUCUUCACCCAUCACCUUCUACGAUAUUACCGCCGAUGAGGUGCUCACCGAGGAUACGAUAGGAGGCAUUCACUUCGAUCAGCUCUACGACGAAACGCUUUGGACCGAUGGACGCGAGCAUCAGGUGUACCGUGGUCACAUUCGCACCCAGAAGCUCGUAUUCCGUGAUGCCAUCGAAGGCAAUGGUACACUGAAUGGGCAGACGAUAGGCCAGAUUGCCGAACGGUUGCACUCGGAGAAGCGGCAAGUGGAGGAGUCGUUAGCGAAGCAUCGCACUCGCUAUCGGACCGCCUGCCACGAGACGCAAACCCUCAUCAAUAGCACCCAGCAGGGCACGUACUUCUUCAACUACUUCGUGCAGCGCCAGACGAUCAACGAGCGGCGCAAUAUUCAAUCGUUCUGGACGUUCGCUCAGCACGGGAUCCACUUUCUGGUGAUCAACUUCGGGUGCGAGAGCAAACUGUACCAGUGGAACCCACACGACCGGGUGUUUGUCGGUUUGUUCGAGACCCGUACCGGGCAUGUUUACGAAUGGAAAACGGUGACACCGGACGAGGACACGCUCUAUCUUGUGACGCGCUCAUCGGCGGCCGCAACGACGACGACGACGACCUCGACGGCAUCAGAGGAGCAGCAAUCAUGCUCCGUGGGAGGUCUAUCGAUAUGGAAGUUCAAGGGCUUAUCGCUCGAGCUGGUAAAGAGCUACGGCGACAAGGAUGCCGAUAGUCUGUUCGUUGAUGGUGACGGUUCAUCGAUGACGGAUCGGUUCUAUGCUCUCGAGCACACCACCGUCCGGGAGUACGAUGUGAUGCUGGGCACGGUGCGUGAUGAGUGGGAUCUUUCGAGGAUAUUCUCGACGGCUGCCUUUCUACCCAACAGCCUCAACAUCGGUCUGGCGCUUUCCGAUGGUAAACAGCUAGCGAUUUUAUCGCGCAACGAAUCAACAACGGGCUCGGUACGAAGAAAGCGAUCACAUGAUCAGGACGGUGACGUGACGCUUUCAUUGUUUGCCACACCAAUGAACGUGUUAAGCCACAUGGGGCAGAACAAAACGUACUACUACCGAACGGAAGAUCCGGAAAAUCCGGACAACGAGACGACGAUCGAUGAUACACCGCAGCUCACUCAACCGGAUCCGUUGAAUAAGAUUGGUUCCGAUCAGGAGGGUACGGAUCCCGUCAUUCAGACGCGCGAAGCAACGACUCCCGAUGUGCUUGAUCCGAUCGCGAACGCUACCGAUCUGGAGCAACGAAUAGCAAAGGAAGUGCCACUGGGGCGCAUCACGACAAUGGAAAACACUCACCUUCCGGAUCCGGCGACCGGCGGCGAAGUGCUUUCGUUCAACGUGGGCCUCCGUGGAGAGCGACGUCGUGCGCUGGUGGCCGUUACCGAGACGAUCGAGACGAUCAUCCAGGGAAAGCACGAUUCCAUCCGCAUCUACAGCGAUAUUCUGCAGGGACACGUGUAUCAGAUCCUGCCCUGCUACCGACCGUCGCAGCUUGCCGUACUGGAGCUACGCGACGAAACGAUUCUGGCGUUUAUCGAGCAAGGCCGGAAGGUGCAGCUGUAUCAGUACCGCGCACGGAAAGGAUUCGUCCACUGGAACAGCUUCAAUCUGGCGUCGGUUGGUGUGCAGAUGUCCGCGAUGCGGUUACCGCAGGCACAGUUCUUCAAGUGUCCGCUGCACUAUCUGGCCAUCGCGUUGACCGGGCAGGAGCUGAUGUUCCUGAAGGCGAAAACGAAUGGUGAUUGUGGUAUUAACCUGCAGCUGGAUUGUGGGACAGACUAGCUGCUGGAGUAGCGUGUGCGUGUGUGUACAACGUAGCGAAAGUUGUAUGAUGUAGAUUUUUUGUUUUGUUUAUGAGUUGAUUUUGUGUAAGGUAAUAAAGAAUGGCGAGUUU